AUGAAGUUUUCAUUGUCUGCUGUCCUUCUUCUUACUCUUUUUGGUAUUGCCAGUUUAACUUUGGUAUCCUCAAUUUCCGAGUCGGCAUAUUCCCUUAAUCAAACAUUUAGUAUUAUGGCUCUUCACCCCUAUAAGCAAAAUGUUCAGCUACAUCCAUUUACUAUAGGUCAAUUUGGCUAUGUUUAUGCGGAUAGCGGUGUCGGAUCUGGUAGCUUUACACUAAAAAACUCUGAAUUGUUCUAUAAUAAUGAGCAUGCUUCCCUUGACAAAAACGGUGCUCUUUUUUUUGAAUCCUCUGGUUUUCCUGUAUCAGGUUUCGAGGCUAAACAAAUUUCUUCCGUUGGAUAUGAGCUUCAUUUGAACAAUACUUUUCCUGUCGCAUGUCCUAUUACUAAUACAAACGAAGUGUAUCAAAUUUAUUACGGCAAAGGUAACGGUAACAGCGACUGUAUUGGCGUUACAAUUGAUGCUAUUACCUCUUGA